AUGGAAAAACACGUUGAAGAGGCGAUUAAAAACAUCCAUGGGACGCCGACGCAGGCCGUCGUCUACGUGACGGGCGGUGCGUCGCACGCUUUGCCGUGGCUUCUGUGUGUGCCAGGUGCAUCGAACACUGUUAUCGAAGGGCGCAUUCCGUACAGUCGUAAUGUGUUUUCCGAUCUCGUCGGACAAGAACAAGCCGCCGCUAUCGAGUGUUUCUCUUCGCCAUCAGCCGCUCGUGUUUUGGCGCGGGAGGCGUACCGGCGGGCGGUAAGAUUCUCACCACCAGGGACAGUUGUGUGUGGGAUAGCCGCGGCAUGUGCGCUUGCCACUGUGAAUUCGAGAAAAGGGGACCACGCAGCGUACGUGGCCACGUACUCUCAGCAUGUUGUCGCCGAGUACGCGCUUAAAAUGCAGAAAGGUCAUAGGUCCCGCAUGGAAGAGGAUAUGCUUACUUCUCGGCUAGUUAUUCAAGCUCUGGUAGAAGGAUGCAGAACCAUAUCUAGUUGUGGUGUCACAAACCACCCGCGAGGGACCGUACCCCCGCAGAUGUUGGCUCUGUCAAGAGAGAGUGCAAUGGAAUUAGUACGUGAAGACUUGGUUGCAGGGGAUACGCUUCUAGGGCCCGUAGUGCAUGAGCAUUCUGAUGCUAUCGGUGGGAUAUUGCGUGGUGAAUUGCGGUUUGCUGAAUACUCUCGCGGGGUCACAAACAGGGAAGCGACCUCGGCCACACUCGUUUUUCCUGGGUCGUUCAAUCCGCUUCAUCGCGGGCAUCAGCGUUUGAUGGCAGUGGCGCAAGACAUGUAUCCACGGGACCGCGCGGCAUAUGAAAUCUCGAUCACAAACGUAGACAAACCGGCACUGAAGGCGGAGAUUGCCAAGCAACGAGUGGAUCAAUUCGGACUGAAGGAAACGGUUUUGGUGACAUCUGCGCCGCUGUUUUCCGAGAAGGCCGAGCUGUUUCCAAACUCGAAAUUUGUGGUCGGCGUGGACACGGCUUUUCGCUUGGUGACGCCGAGAUACUACGGCGGAGAAGGGCGGAUGAUCUCUGCGCUCGCGGACAUUAAGGCUCGCGGAUGCAGGUUUUUGGUGGGCGGCAGAGUGGAGCAGGGCAAGGACGGAGUGGGAUCAAACAGGUUUCUGACUAUGCGGGAUGUGCAGAUACCGGGCGGGUUUGAUGAUCUGUUUGAAAUGAUCCCGCAAGAAAGGUUUCGGGAGGAUGUUUCCAGCUCAGACAUUCGGGCUCAGCAAGCGAGAAACGCAAGUAGGUGACGAUGAGAUGAAAGGCGUUCGAAAGGCCAUUCAAGAAGCAAAAAGAAGAAAAAGACAUGACAAAACCUGUUUUACAGCGGCUUGCUCACAACCACACAGGCUUGUGGCGAAUAUUAUAGCGAACCAGACUGGUCUGAAAGAGCUCAAUAAACUGCUGGUCGAGAAUCCUGACCUUAUUCCCCGCAAA